AUGCCUUCGUUGCAAAACAACAUCGGCUUCCUCAAUACACUACAGUCGGUGAAACCACACAGCCCGGAAGGAGCUGUCCAAUACGUCUGGCAGGCAAUAGUGACGGAGUGGUCUCCUGGCCGCGAUGGCUACAAAUGGGUCUUCAAGCCUGCUACACCCGGUGAAAGUAAUCUGCCCAAUGUCACCGUCUACCAGAUCAAACCCUUGCAAAAUGCAAAGGAGUGGGACGAGCGCCAGAUCUUGCGAGUGGAAUGCAAGCCCCCAUCCAGCGAAGAGUGGCACAGCACCAUCGCAACAGAGCUCAAUGGCAAAAGACUGUUUGGGGCAGUUGCUGUUGGCAAGAAAGUGAGGUUCUACCAAUUCGGACGAGGACCAUCCGGCCAAGCGGUCGUGCAACUUCACCAAGACACCCUCGAUAUGGACGACUCAGAUGAUAUCGUACAGAUUGAGACAUGGAUGGAUUAUAUCAAGAUGAAUGCGUGGCAGUGGAGUGGCUGCUAG